AUGCCAAAUAGAAGGAUGGACAUCUGGAAUCUGAUCAACAGAAUCAUUUUCUUAUUACAAACUACAAUUGGAAUUCUGGGGAAUUUCUCUCUUAUUUUCUACUAUCUAAUCCUUUACUACAGACAAUGCACACUAAAGCCCACAGAUUUGAUUCUCAUGCACAUAAUGACAGCCAAUGCCUUGAUCAUUCUCUCUUCUGGGGUGCCUCACACAAUGGCAGCAUUUGGGUUGAAGCCGUUCUUGAAUAAUUUGGCAUGCAGGCUCCUAGUGUACACUCAAGUACUUGGCAGGAGUGUGUCCAUUAGCACCACUUGUCUUUUGAGUGUAUUCCAGGCCAUGACCAUCAGUCCCAGGGAAUCUUGUUGGAAGGAUCAUAAAGCCAGAUCUGCCAGGUACAUUGGAUGCUCCAUUUCCAUCCUUUGGGUCAUCUCCAUAUUGACAACUUUCCUCUCCUGUGUGCACACAUUUAUCACUAUGAAUAAUAAAAACAUUACAAGAAAACGGGAUUUGGGAUAUUGCUCUAGUGUAGAGCAUAAUGAAGUCAGUGACCCACUCUAUACAGCACUGAUAGUGUGCCCAGAAAUCUUUCUUUCUGUGCUAAUUGUCUGGUGCAGCAUGUCCAUGGUUCUCUUUUUGUACAGACACAAGCAGAGAGUUCAACACAUCCGCAGCACUCGUGGCUCCAGCAGAACCUCGCCCGAUGCCAGGGCCACCCAGAACAUCUUGGGCCUAGUGUCUACCUUCAUGGUUUUUUAUACACUUUCCUCCAUCUUACACGGCUGCAUUUCUCUUUUGUAUAAUCAUAAUUGGUGGCUGCCGACCAUCAACCGUGUCAUUUACCUGUGUUUUCCAUCUUUUGCACCCUUUGUGCUUAUGAAUCCUUCCUCAAUUUUGUCCAGGUUUAUAAAGUCUGGAUAA